UACACGUAGGUUUAGCCUUGCAAGUAAUUAGUUGCAUCCCUCUAGCUCUAUAUAUGUUUCUGAGCUUCACACUUAAUUCUUGCAUUAACGAGAAAAAAGAAAUGGAGAGAAGACCUUUGCCGUUGAAAAUUCAGCCUCCGGCGUAUGGAAAGCUCGUGACGAUCCUAAGCAUCGAUGGCGGAGGAGUCCGAGGAAUCAUUCCCGGGGUCAUGCUCGGUUACCUCGAAGCCCAACUUCAGGAGCUGGAUGGUGAAGAUGCGAGGCUCGCAGAUUACUUCGAUGUAAUAGCAGGAACAAGCACAGGAGGUCUUAUCACGGCCAUGUUGUCUGCUCCGGAUGCACGCAACCGUCCUCUCUUCGCCGCGAAAGACAUAGUCCCAUUUUACUUGGAGAAUUGUCCUAAAAUCUUUCCUCAAGGAUGUGGGUGCCUGGGUUCGGUUGUGAACACGCUGAGAUCUCUGACGGGACCCAAGUACAAUGGAAAGUAUCUUCACAAAUUAUUAAGGAAGUUACUCGGAACCACGAGGUUGCACGAUAGCCUUACCGGCUUGGUUAUUCCAACCUUCGACAUCAAAAAGCUUGAACCAGUUUUAUUUUCCUCAUAUGAGGCGUCAAAGCAUACAUUCUUGGACGCUCAACUAUCGGACAUAUGCAUCGGCACAUCGGCUGCUCCGACUUACUUGCCCGCCCAUUAUUUCAAGACAGAAGAUACAGAUGGACGAGCCCAUGAUUUUAAUCUUAUUGAUGGUGGUAUGGUCGCCAACAAUCCGACAUUGGUGGCCAUCAGUGAAGUGACCAAGCAGGUCUUGGCGGAAGACCCAUAUUUCUUCAACAUCAAACCACCUGUCGACUGCACACGAUUGUUGGUGAUUUCGCUUGGGACAGGCUCGGACACAUCCGAGAUCAAGUUCGAUGCCAAGAAGGCUUCAAAGUGGGGGUUGUUCUGCUGGUUGUACGAGGACGGCACAAGCCCUUUGAUAGACGUCUACUCUCAGGGGAGUGCCGAUCUUGUCGAUUAUCUCAAUUGCGUGGUCUUCAAGGCCUCCCAGUCCGAGAACAACUACCUCCGUAUUAACGACGACACUCUGAAGGGGACUUUAUCUUCGGUGGACACUUCCACGAAGGAGAACUUGGAUAAUUUGGUGAAAGCUGGUGAGCACCUGUUGAAGAAACCGGUCUCGCGAGUUAAUCUCGACACUGGCCGCAACGAACCAAUCCCAAAUGCCGGCACCAACGAGGAAGCCCUCAAAAGGUUCGCUAAGCUACUCUCUGACGAGAAGAAACUCCGUGAGUCGAGAUCUCCGCAUGACAUGCGCGGGGAAUAGUUCGCUCAAUCAUAUACUCUUGCCAUAUUAACUUGUGAAAUGAUGAUAUAAAACAUCUGUUGUUGAAUUAGGACAAGCAUAGCCCUGUGUGCUUGCAAAUAAAGGGGCUACAGUCUACAUUGUUGCUGUA